CAACAGCUCCUGGACUGCUUUGUGAUCCCAGUCGUUAUUUUGCUCUCCUGGUUCUUCCUGCUGAUCCGGUACAAGGCUGUGCAUUUCAUUGGCAUCGUUGUCUGCAUCCUGGGAAUGGGCUGCAUGGUGGGAGCGGAUGUGCUUGUGGGAAGGCAUCAGGGAGCCGGGGAAAAUAAGCUGGUAGGGGACCUUCUGGUGUUAGGAGGAGCCACACUCUAUGGUAUCUCUAACGUCUGGGAAGAAUACAUCAUCCGAACCUUAAGCCGAGUAGAAUUCCUGGGAAUGAUUGGUCUCUUCGGUGCAUUUUUCAGUGGAAUUCAAUUAGCUAUCAUGGAGCACAAGGAGCUGUUAAAGGUUCCCUGGGAUUGGCAAAUAGGACUGCUCUAUGUUGGCUUUAGUGCCUGCAUGUUUGGUCUCUAUAGCUUUAUGCCAGUUGUCAUAAAGAAAACCAGUGCCACCUCUGUCAAUCUGUCUCUGCUCACAGCGGAUUUGUACAGCCUGUUCUGUGGAUUGUUUCUCUUCCACUACAAGUUUUCAGGACUUUAUCUCCUGUCUUUCUUCACCAUCCUCAUCGGGCUGGUGCUCUACUCCUCCACCUCCACGUACAUAGCACAGGACCCCCGAGUGUAUAAGCAGUUCCGCAAUCCUUCAGGACCUGUUGUGGACUUACCAACCACAGCUCAGCUGGAGCCUUCAGUCACCUACACCAGCCUGGGCCAGGAGACCGAAGAGGAGCCUCAUGUGCGUGUGGCCUAGGAUGAGGCCCAUCCUGCCCACUGAGGACAGCUCAGGGGCCAUGUGUUUGCCCAUCACCUCUGUAUUGUACAUAGAGAAAGGUAUUUACUGGGUGCAGUUAACACAGGUGGACUGCCAGGUAGCAGAUCCUCGGAAAACUUGUAAAAGGAACAAGCUAAAGAUCACUGGAGACACAGGCUCCAACUCACCUUACUUGGAGAGAUGCCUAGCUAGGGUGUGUCCUGAUCCCGACCCCUCUGCAUUAGUUACUGUGAAAAUUUUUCAAUCAAAAGCAAGUAGUAUUGUUAUUAUGAUUUGUAUUAUUGUUGUUACUGUUAUUACACUGACUUUCAGGGGGAGGUUUUGUACUCCUGACAGGAACUAUUGCCAGACCCACAUGUAGUCAGCAUUAAUCCCACUUUUCUAUGGCAAGUCACUUUUUAAGGAUCAUACUUUAUUUUUUUUGCACAGACUAUAUGAAUAAUACAUGCCACAAGAGCUCCACCUCUGAGAAGUUUCCUCAUCCUAGGGACUUGGUGGCUGAUGGUUUCCUCUGUUACCUGUUGGAUUGCCUGCUCAAUAAGUAUUUUGUGCUGUGACCCUUGUGGGGAGGGGCAACUGACCAUAUAAUUCUCUAUUCUAGGAAUAGAUAUAAAACAAACAUUUGAAAUUUUUUUAUAUUUCAAUCUCUGAUCACUCUAGGCCAUUGCCUUUCUU